AUGGAAUCAUCAACGAAUUUUCAUCAUCUUUCUUCAAUAUUCUUCUUCUUAAUCAUCACAAUUUUAUUCAUUUUUCCUAGUACUACAAAUUCAAUCUCAUUUAGCUUCCCAAAUUUCCCAAUAUAUGAUCUUCGAAUAAGUCUAGAAAAUGAUUCAACCCGAGGCGAUAAUAAUGUCAUUGAACUCACUCCAAACUUAGACAAAGCUGUCCGUGGGAGUGUUGGCCGUGCUACCUAUUCAGAACCAAUAAAACUUUGGAAUGCAACCACUGGAAGGGUCAUAGACUUUGUUACGCACUUCUCCUUCAUGGUAACAAGGACAAAUUUAAGCAAUUAUGGAGACGGUAUCAGUUUUUUCUUAGCACCUUCUGGGUCUAAAGUUCCUCCAAGAUCUUCAGGUGGUUAUCUUGCCUUGUUCGAUCGCAUGAAUGCUGAAAAAAAGUUGCCGACUAAUCAAAUUGUUGCAGUUGAGUUUGACACUUUUCAGAACCCAUGGGAUCCAAGUACUGAUCAUGUGGGAAUCAAUGUUAACUCGAUAAUAUCCGAUGCAUAUGUUGCAUUAGAAAACAAUAGUAUAAAAAGUGGAAGAACAGCUAAUGCAUGGGUAAGUUAUAAUUCUAGUAAAAAAAAUUUAAGUGUUUAUCUUACUUCUGAUGAUAAUCCUGUUUUCAAUGGGAAUUCCAUUUUGUAUCAUAUUAUUGAUCUAAGCAAAGUUCUACCUGAGAGGAUUACUGUUGGGUUUUCCGCGUCUACUGGCUGGUCUGCAGAAAUCCAUAGACUCAUAUCCUGGCAAUUCGACUCUAGUAAUUUAGAAAUCGGUGAAGGAAAAGCAGAAUUGAGUAAAAGAAAAGAAAGUAGAAUUGGAUUGGUGGUGGGUCUUGUGGUUGGUUUAGGUGUUUUGGGUUGUGGGAUUGGUUUUGCUUUGUUUAUGAUCUGUUGGAAGAAGAGGCGCAGCUCAAGCAAGAAUAAUGACUACGAGGUACCAAAUUCUGACAUGGAUGAUGAAUUUGAGAGAGCAACCGGGCCGAAGAGGUUCUCGUAUAGCGAACUGGUUAAUGCAACAAAUAACUUCGAAGAGAAAGGGAAACUUGGAGAAGGAGGGUUUGGGGGUGUUUAUAAAGGAUUCUUAAGCGAUAUGAACUUGAAUAUUGCCGUUAAGAGGGUCUCCAGAGACUCAAAACAAGGAAAAAAGGAAUACCAGUCAGAAGUGAAGAUCAUUAGUCAGUUACGGCAUAGAAAUUUGGUUCAACUCAUAGGUUGGUGCCAUGAAAGCAAUGAAUUGCUUCUAGUUUAUGAGUUCAUGCCAAACCGGAGCCUCGAUAACCAUCUGUUUCGUGGGGAAAAUGUUCUCACUUGGGAGGUCAGGUACAAAAUAGCUAUUGAUUUAGCUUCUGCUUUGCUUUACUUGCAUGAAGAAUGGGAACAAUGUGUAGUACACAGAGAUAUUAAAUCAAGUAAUAUAAUGUUGGAUUCAAAUUUUAAUGCUAAACUCGGGGAUUUUGGUUUAGCAAGGCUUGUUGAUCAUGAUCUAGGUUCUCAGACCACUGCGGUAGCUGGAACCAAGGGUUACUUGGCACCAGAAUGUGUUACUACGCGUAAAUCAAGUAAGGAAUCUGAUGUUUAUAGUUUUGGAAUUGUGGCACUUGAGAUUGCUUGUGGGAGGAAGCCGGUCGAAGUAUCUGGGGGACUCUUAUUAGUAGAGUGGGUUUGGGAACUCUAUGGAAGUGGUCGGAUUAUUGAAGCAUCCGAUGAGAGGCUAAACAAAAAUUUCGACGAACAACAAAUCAAAAGGUUGAUGAUUUUAGGACUAUGGUGUGCACAUCCUGAUUAUAGAUCAAGACCUUCAGCUACUCAAGUGAUUAACGUUCUUAAAUUUGAAGCUCCAUUGCCUAAACUUCCACUUGAAUUACCAAGUAUUCUUACAGUAUCUCUUCCAACAUCACCAUCUCGGUCUGAUAUUCUGUCCCUGGCUAGUCUCACAGAUACACUCACAGGCCGAUAG